AUGAAAAGUAUUUGGCUGAAGUUGAAAGCUUUAAAGCCUAGACUCAAGGCUUUAAACAAUGAGGAAUUCAGAACAAUUACUGUCAAGAUUGACAAGGCUCGAGUGGAAUUUCAAUAUAUUCAGGAGAAGAUUGUAACACAGUAUAAUGAUUAUCUACUGGAUCAGGAGAAAGCCGUUCUUCAUCAGUUGGAGAAAUGGCCCCUUAUAGAGGAAAGUGUCCUAAAGAAAAUGUCAAGAGCUAAGUGGAUUAAACUUGGGGAUUCAAAUACCAAGUAUUUUUCUGCUAUACUAAAGGAAAGGAAUCAGAAGAAACAGAUUAAAGAACUCAUAUCUCUAGAUGGACAGAAUUUAAAUGAUGUUGAGAAGAUCAAAUAUGAAAUCAUGAAAUUCUAUAAAUCCCUGAUGGGAUCUGCUGCCCAAACUCUACCUGCCAUCAAUAGGGAGAUCAUGAAGCAAGGGCCUACACUCUCCCAACAACAAAGAAUUCAGCUAUGUGCAGAAGUCACUGAGCAAGAGAUAUUUGAAGGAUUACAGAGUAUUGGAGAUGACAAGGCACCAGGAGUGGAUGGUUUCAAUACCUAUUUUUUCAAGAAAGCUUAG